UGGGAGCCUGUGGCUGGAGCGCGUGGAGACGAGGGACACGGGCACAUACGAGUGCGUCGCUCACAACCUCCUGGGCUCUGCCACAGCCCGAGCGUCCUUGGUUGUGAAAGGGGAGCCCCGGGGGGGCCGGGGCAGCAUGAUCGGGGUGAUCAAUGGCCAGGAGUUGGGCGUGGCCACUCUCAACGCCAGUGUGCAGCAGGAGGCGCGCUCAGGGGUCACCACCUUCCGGAGCAGCAUCGGCCACCUCCCUGCGAGUGUGGGGCCUCUGAUGCGGGUACUCUUGGUCACCAUCGCCCCCAUCUACUGGGCACUGGCCGGAGAGCAUGGCGACGCCAUGAACGGCCACUCCCUGACGGGGGGCAGCUUCCGGCAAGAGUCGCACAUGGAGUUUUCUACAGGGGAGCUGCUCACGAUGACCCAGGUGGCCCGGGGCCUGGAUCCCGACGGCCUCCUGCUCCUCGACGUGGUGGUCCACGGCGUCAUCCCUGAGAGCUUGGCUGACGCAGAUCUCCGAGCGCAGGACUUCCAGGAGGACUACGUGCAGACGGGGCCCGGCCAGCUCUUCGUGGGCUCCACGCAGCGCUUCCUGCAGGACAGCCGGCCCGUGUCCCUGCGCUGCAACCACAGCAUCCAGUACGAGGCGGCACGGGGCCCGCAGCCCCAGCUGGUGCAGCACCUGCAGGCCUCGGCUAUCAGCGCGGCCUACGACCCUGCGGCGGAGGCCCUGCGCUUCCAGCUCACCACAGCCCUACAAGCCGAAGAGAAUGAAGGCUGCCCUGAGGGCUUUGAGCUGGACUCCCAGGGAGAGUUUUGUGUGGAUGUGGAUGAGUGUGCGUGGCCUACUGACCUGUGCCCGGAGGGACAGCGCUGCGUGAACCUGCUGGGGUCCUACCGCUGCCUCCCCGACUGCAGGCCUGGCUUCCGGGUGGCCGCCGACGGGGCUGAUUGUGAAGGUGACAGGGGCACGUGUGGGGUUGUCCAGGAUUCGGCAGACGGGGAGCAUUGUGUCACUGGGACGCUGGGCCUUCAGGGAAAACAGUACCCUCUUGACAAGGGGCACAGCGAGGCCAGGGAAGGGGCCUGAGCGGGGCCCAGGGGUGUGCGUUGGGCCUGGCCUGGCUGCUGGCACCUGGAGGAUCUCUGACUAGGGUCUUCUUUCGGGGCCUCAGGCUUGCCAUCUGCCCAGUGAUGAGGGACCAGGUCAGGGACGGCGAACAUGAGCCGUGUCCGCUGCCACUUCCCCUGUGCCCCCUGCUGGACCCUGGCCCAGCCUAGAGACAGCCUCUGAGUCCUCAGCACAGCUGCUCCCGCAGCCACUGGGAGUCAUGGGCAGUUGGCCUGUGAG